GCCCACCGCGCGCACCCGCCAAAUCCAUCGUCCCCGCCGCCCCCGUUCCGGCAGGCGGCCGCUCGCGCAGCGCAGGUGCAGGCGCCGCCCCCCACCCCACCCCACUCCGGCACUCCCGCUCCGCUCUCCCCGCGCGCGGCGUCUCCAGAUCCCCGCCCGCGCCGCGGCAUUGGCACCGGCAACCCCGCCGAGCGCCGCCAGCUCCUCGCGCGCGCACGCAAUGCGAGCCUUGUAGCCCCUCCCGGAGCACGAGCGGGAUCGAGGCAUGCAUCCCAAGCCCGAGGGCGGGGAUGCCGACGGGGGCGCCGCGGAGGUUGGGUCCCCGCGGUCGGGCUACUUCCGGCAGCGGAGCAUGCACGCCGCGGCGGCGGCGGCGGCGGAUCCGGAGGCGGCGCGCCGGGCGCUCGACGUCGAGAACUCCCCGUGCUCCGCCGGCGCCGGCGGGGCCCCGGGGCUCCGGACCAGCGAGUCCGUCACCAAGCUGGAGUCGCUGGAGCGCGCCGCGCUGGCGCCGGCCGUCGUGCUCAGGACCGGGUUCUACAUCCUGGUGUGGUACGCGUUCAGCACCUGCCUCACGCUAUACAACAAGACGCUACUGGGGGACAAGCUGGGCAAUUUCCCGGCGCCGCUGCUGAUGAACACCGUGCACUUCGCGCUGCAGGCGGGGCUGUCCAGGCUCAUAAUCUUCUUCCAGUCCAAGGGGCCUGACAGUGCCGUCGAGAUGGGGUGGAAGGAUUACUUCAUGAGAGUUGUGCCAACUGCUCUAGGGACAGCGUCGGACAUAAACCUGAGCAACGCAUCUCUAGUGUUCAUCUCGGUGACGUUUGCUACUAUGUGUAAAUCAGCCGCCCCAAUAUUCCUUUUGCUCUUCGCGUUUGCAUUUAGGUUGGAAAAUCCUAGCAUCAAGCUUCUAGGAAUCAUAUUUGUUAUCUCUAUUGGAGUUCUAUUGACAGUUGCCAAGGAGACCGAGUUCGACUUCUGGGGCUUCAUUUUUGUGACGCUUGCUGCUGUUAUGUCAGGAUUCCGCUGGUCCAUGACUCAGAUUCUGUUGCAGAAAGAUACUUAUGGCCUGAAAAAUCCUAUUACCUUGAUGAGCCAUGUUACACCAGUGAUGGCCAUAGCCACCAUGAUACUGUCUCUAUUACUGGAUCCUUGGAGUGAUUUUCAGAAGAAUUCAUAUUUCGAUAACCCUUGGCAUGUCAUGCGCAGUUGCUUACUUAUGCUUAUCGGAGGAUCCUUGGCCUUUUUCAUGGUGUUAACAGAGUAUAUACUUAUUUCAGCAACAAGUGCCAUAACCGUGACGAUAGCUGGGGUAGUAAAAGAAGCUGUAACCAUUUUGGUUGCAGUAUUCUAUUUCCAUGAUGAAUUUACUUGGUUGAAAGGGGUUGGUCUUUUCACCAUUAUGGUUGGUGUUAGCUUAUUCAAUUGGUACAAGUAUGAGAAAUUAAAAAGGGGUCCGACAAAUGAGGAUGACGUCAAUUCACCUCAAUUUACUGCUGAUGCCAAGUACAUUAUUCUUGAUGACUUGGAAUUUCAGGAUGAAUUUGAGGAGGAAGAUACAUAAUUUUGUAAUACGGCGACUUUUAAUUGCCACUGGAGUGUUCAGGCCCAAACCAUCACAGUCAUACCUGCCUGUUGAAAAUAGUCUGUCAAUACUUAUGAAGUUUUUUUUUUCUGAAAAACACGCAUGAAGGAUGCAGCUAAGGCUGGUGUGAUUAUGCUACUCGCACCAAAAUUUGAUGUGAUCCGUGUGAUCUAUGUCUAUCUCAGGAUGGAUGUUCAACUCUCAUCUUGAUCGAACAGUGAGUCUAACUACAUUGUCAAGCAAAGUGCUAACUCCAUCAGAUCAGAAUUCCUGUUUGGAGAACAAAUUGAUAUGCACGCUUAUAGUGGAAAUCGCUGAGAAUGAUCGACAUCUGUAUUCUUAUUCUUCUCUUUGUGUUACUGCAGUAUGCACAUAUUCAUUCUUGAACCUCUACAUUUUUGGUGCCGAGGUGUAUUCAUUCUCUACAUAGGUCUGUUUGCAAGAGUGACCACAGGAAACAGGAUACCCAACAUGUGCUGUUUCCCCUUAAAAUGCUGGGGACAGUGUCUUAUUUGUACUUCGUAAAACUAGUAAACGAAGAGUCAUUCGCUUCUCCCUAUACCAUGACAUUUCUUGUGAUUGCUGUACUAUUUUAUAGUUGAAAAUGAGAAAUAAUUGUAAGGAGAAGGUAAA